UGCCAGGCAACAAAGCUGCGCGUCAAGAGCUGAGACUGUGGCGGUGUCGUGGCGUGCUAUAAAACCAGAACAACCAUCGCUUUUACCGGAAAGAGGAAGAUUGCUCUACGCCCUGUCGCUUGCUACAUCAGCAUUCAAAUCAUUGUUGAAAGCGCCCUGUCGCUUGCUACUUCAGCAUUCGAAUCAUUGUGACAGCGCCCUGUCACCUGUUAAAAGUGACAAGCUGACGUGCGUCUCAUCACUAACUCCUUCACUGAGACAAUGGAUUUUCGCAAACUGGUAAGGGCCAUGCCAGGGCCACAGAUGCUGCAAAAUAGCACAGAUCCUCUGUCGCUGACAGAACUACCACCCAACAUCCUCGAGGCUCUGAUCCCGGGGUAUGGCUUGAUCUCACGAUACGUGUACGCCACUCUCGGAUUUGAUCCUUCCAUCUUUGUAUCAGUCGGUCUUGUGGUGCUGGCAAUAUUGAAGGGAGGUCAGUACCUCUACGCGAUACUCGAAUCAUGGUUCCGAAAGGCCUUCAUUUCGAGCGUGUACAUAGACGAACAAGACGACUUGUUCGAAAUGGUGAUGGAGUGGCUGGCCAAGAAUCAACGCAUCGGGUCCAGGCGAUCGUUGACAGCCAAGACACAGACAGGUUCGAAAGCGGAAGAUGGCUCAGUUGAUGCUGCCGACGAUGCGUUGGACGAGAAUGGCAUCUUCGACUACACCAAGUGGAGCUCGAGACUGCCUCCUCGAUUCGAGCCCUAUUAUGGGCAGAACUAUGUGUUCCAUAAUGGCACAAUUUUCUUCUUCAAACGGUCGCAGAAGCAAAGUAAUCAGCGAGUCCAAGUGACCUUCAGUGGGAAUACACAAGACGACCAGAUCCAGCUGGACUGCAUCGGACGAAGCACAGAACCUAUCAAGGCCCUCCUCAAAGCGAUCAAGAUCUGGUCGCUGAAUCGACAACGAAAUGUCACCACCAUUCGACAUCCCACACCAAAAGAUAGAGCUCGGUAUGGUGGUUCUUGGACGAAGACCUCCUCGAGACCAUCGCGGCCUAUGGAGACUGUCAUUCUCGACCCUCAGCAAAAGUCCAUGAUCAUUCGGGAUAUGAAUGAGUACCUUCACCCAGCUUCACCAAGAUGGUACGCAACUCGCGGCAUACCUUAUCGACGCGGCUAUCUGUUUCAUGGACCUCCUGGGACAGGCAAGACCAGCUUGUCGUUCGCGCUAGGAGGUAUCUUCGGUCUCGACAUUUAUGCCAUUAGUCUGCAAGAGCCUACAUUGACCGAAGGUGACCUGCUUCAGCUCUUCAAUGGCCUACCAAGGCGCUGUAUUGUCCUAUUGGAGGACGUUGACGCCGCUGGAUUGCUCAGAGAUGCGCAGAGUGGCAAGGACAAGAUCAAGGAUAAGAAGGAUGACAAGAAAGAUAAGAAGGACGGCAAGACAGGAGAAGAGAGCAAAGAGAAGCCUAAGAAGGACGAAGACUAUACCUUGAAAGAUCUGGCUCGGGAGCUGAAGGCCAUUAGCACACCUGCUCGAGGUCAAGGCCGUCAGCAGCCUGGCAAUCGGCAGAACAAUGAUCUCGGACCAAAUCGCCAACCAGCUACAGGCAUAUCACUGUCAGGACUUCUUAAUGCUAUUGAUGGCGUCGCCAGUGCAGAGGGUCGUGUUCUGAUCAUGACCACGAAUCAUCCAGAGAAGCUCGACGCGGCACUUGUACGUCCUGGUCGAGUUGAUCGUAGAGUCGAAUUCCAGCUGGCGAUGAAGGAGCAGAUCAGCGAGCUUUUCGUGAGAAUGUACGCUGCCAGUGACCAGGUCCCAGACAUUGAGGUCAAGCUCGAUGGCCGUGUCUCGAAUGGACGCGCGAAACUCGAUGGACUGCCCAAGACGAACGGACACAGCAAUGGCAAUGGGCACACGCGUGGUCCGUCUGAGAACCAGCUGUCUGGGCUAUCGGAGUUUGAUAUCGAAAACCUGGCAGUCGAGUUCGCAGGCCAUAUCCCUGAUAAUACUUUCACGCCCGCGGAGAUCCAGAAUCAUUUGAUGAAGUACAAGAAAGAACCGCGCACGGCUGUGGAGUUGGCUGAGAAGUGGACGCAAGACCUGCUGGCUGAAAAGGAGAAGGAUGCGGUCGCGAGAGAACAGGCUGUCGAGAGUGAGGAUGAGUGAUAAAGGCGAGUCGUAGAUGAACUCGUAUAGACCCGAGAAGUACUGCAUGUACGCUGUUGAUCCUCGCGCCAUCAUGUGGUUA